UUCUUCAGUAGACAUUACUAACCAAACCAGGACACGCAGGUUUAGGCAGCAUCCAACAGCUUGUUGAGGCAGGUCACAAUAUUAAUCUCAGAAAUGGCUUAUACAUCAGGCUGGAAGGGUUAUCUUAAAGAACUACCACACAAAGGUACCAGCAGUUUGGUGUUAACAUCUGCCACUUGGAAACUACUGUGCUGUCACAGGGUUCAACCCUCUCCUGGUGCAAUGUUGCCUGAUGACAAACAGAAAGCGCAAUGGCACCUGGUGCCAAAUGCUGCUGGUGGUGUGCCUCACAGUAAGCUUCCCAACCCUUCAGAUCAGACAGAACUUAGCAAAGAUACCCAUUUUCAAAAGGAUGUAGGAGAUGCCUUACCAGCAUGUCACCACAGGACAACCCCCUCCACAGCCAGGGGCCACUGUUCAAAUGAAGCAGGAUCAUUUUCUAGACUGAAUAUUGUAGAUCUUCAGAUUACUAGAAGGCCAAAAUAUUCACAAAGCUUAUGUGGCAAGACAAAUCCAAUGCUUCUGUUAUUUUUCUGUGGAUUUCAGCAAGAGAAAAUGAUUAGGCCAUUAAGAACACAGGGAAGGAAGGCAGAGUCAGAGGAGGGAAGAGAAAGCAAACCGUAUCUAUUUUCAAGGACUUCCAAGUAUAAAGGUGGUUUCUUUCCCUCUCCUACAUAUUCUUUGCAGCACAACAACAAAUGGAGCAAUUCUGCCUUGCUUGAAGCACAAACAAGUCAUGGAAUUACAGACAAAGAUGAGGUCAGAGAUGUAUUUUGCCACUGCAAAGCCAGUUGAGAAUCCACAAUCAAACAAGAGUCUGCAAGAGUAUGUGACCUUACCUUCAC